AUGCUGUUUAAUAAGUGCCUGGAAAAAUUGUCCAACUCGCUGGGCAAUGUGGUUAACCACAAGCUGCAGGAGAAGCAGCUAUCCUCUAAGCAAAGAGGCAGCAAUUGCAGCGGCACCAGCCAAUUGAGUCAGAGCAGCAAUGAGUACGCCAACGCCUCCUAUCCGGUCACGCCCCUCUCCUGGUCAGCAUCACCGCCCAGCUUUGCCCAAAGCUUUGUCGGCGGCGCAAGCGAUAAACUGCUUGCUUUGCUGCUGGCCAAUAUGCGUGUCCAGCUUUACGGUUACACAUGGUUUCAUGGCAAUCUUUCUGGCAAGGAAGCUGAAAAACUGAUACUGGAGCGUGGCAAGAAUGGUUCGUUUCUUGUGCGUGAAUCUCAAAGCAAACCAGGUGAUUUUGUUCUAUCCGUGCGCACAGAUGAUAAAGUGACGCAUGUCAUGAUUAGAUGGCAGGAUAAGAAAUACGACGUAGGCGGUGGCGAACCCUUUUCAACGCUAUCGGAGCUCAUCGAUCACUACAAGCGCAAUCCAAUGGUGGAGACCUGCGGCACUGUGGUGCACCUGAGGCAGCCCUUCAAUGCGACGAGGAUUACGGCGGCGGGCAUCAAUGCGCGCGUGGAUCAGCUGGUCAAGGGCGGCUUCUGGGAGGAGUUCGAGUCGCUGCAGCAGGACAGUCGUGACACAUUCUCGCGCCACGAGGGCUACAAGGAUGAGAAUCGGCAAAAGAAUCGCUAUCGCAAUAUAUUGCCCUACGAUCACACGCGUGUCAAGCUGCAGGAUGUGGAGCGCAGUGUGCCGGGUGCGGAGUACAUAAAUGCCAACUAUAUUCGUCUGCCCACCGAUGGCGACGCCUAUAACAUGAGCAGCUCAUCGGAGAGCCUGAACAGCACGUCGAGCGUUUCGUGUCCGGCCUGCACGGCGGCGAUAACUCAACGCAAUUGCCUCAAUUGCCAGCAACAGAACAAGACGUGUGUCCAGUGUGCGGUCAAGUCCGCCACCCUGCCCUACACCAACUGCCCCACCUGCAUGCGUAAGUCGGACUCGCUUAAGCACAAGCGCAGCGAAUCGCUCUCGACAUCUGGCUCGGCCACCGGACCCGGCACACCCACCAACGCCACCUGCUCCAGCUCGAUUGGCUCCUCCUCCUCAUCGUCCGCCCAGGCGGCCAUCAACGGCUGCCUGGCGGCGCUGCUGAAGAAACACUGCGGCGAUGGCUCACCACCGCCGCUGUCCAUUGCCUCGUCGAGUCUCAUCUCGCUGGGCACGCUCAACAGCGAGCGCGAAAUGUUCAAAACCUAUAUUGCCACCCAGGGCUGCUUGACGCACACCAAGACCGACUUCUGGAACAUGAUCUGGCAGGAGAACACGCGCGUCAUUGUCAUGACCACCAAGGAGAUGGAGCGUGGCAAGACCAAGUGCGAACGCUACUGGCCCGACGAGGGUCAGUGCACGCAGUUCGGCCAUGCCAAGGUGCAGUGCAUCAAGGAGAACUCCACCAAUGAUUAUACGCUGCGCGAGUUUCUCUUCUCGUGGCGCGACCAGCCCGAGCGACGCAUCUACCACUAUCACUUUCAAGUCUGGCCCGAUCACGGCGUGCCCGCCGAUCCCGGCUGCGUGCUCAACUUCCUGCAGGACGUCAACAGCAGGCAGAGCAAUCUGGUGCAAGCCGGCGAGAAGCCCGGUCCCAUUUGUGUCCACUGCUCGGCGGGCAUUGGACGCACCGGCACUUUUAUUGUCAUUGACAUGAUACUCGAUCAAAUUGAGCGCCAUGGCUUGGAUACUGAAAUCGAUAUACAGCGCACAAUUCAAAUGGUGCGAUCACAGCGCUCGGGCAUGGUCCAGACAGAGGCGCAAUACAAGUUUGUUUACUAUGCCGUGCAGCAUUAUAUACAAACGCUGAUUGCACGGAAGCGGGCCGAGGUGCAGAGCAUACAGGUUGGACGCGAAUACACCAACAUCAAGUGA